UAAACCGUUGACUUCAAUCAAUCGCGCUCAAUUAACUCAAUAAUUGAGAAUUUAGAAGAUCCAGACUCAGUAUUAGUACAAUAGUAGUGUCUGAUAAAUCUUAGAAGCUGACUCCUUAACUUUUGUUGGAUUUGAAAUGAGUAACAUAAACAGUUUCAGUGUAAAUUUACCAAGGUACCUUUUUGGAGAAAAUAUGUACUUUCACCCCAUGAGUUGGAGUCGAUUUACCUUCGCCCUUAAAAGGAAGAAAAUAAGUUUUGGCACGGAAGAUUCAAAAUUAGCCCGCGUGCUAACUACGUUCGACUUGACCGCUUUAGGAAUUGGAAGUACUUUGGGAGUUGGAGUUUAUGUGUUAGCCGGAGAAGUAUCUAAAAAUUAUGCAGGCCCGGCUGUUGUAAUUUCGUUUUUAAUUGCUGCAAUUGCGUCAGUAUUUGCUGGUUUGUGUUAUGCCGAAUUUGGUGCUAGGGUUCCAAAGGCAGGUUCGGCUUACGUCUACAGUUAUGUAUGUAUGGGAGAAUUCGUAGCUUUUAUCAUAGGGUGGAAUCUUAUACUAGAAUAUGUUAUUGGGUCGGCUAGUGUUGUUAAAGGGCUUUUUACGUACAUGGAUGCUUUGGUUUCCAAUAAAAUGUCUGAUUUUUUUCACACCGUUAUGCCCAUAGAUGUUCCUAAUAUUGCUUCUUAUCCAGACUUUUUUUCUUUCGGAGUUACGAUUGUUUUUUCAAUUGCAUUAGCUCUUGGAGCUAGAGAAUCUUCUUUGGUUAACAACAUUUUUACUGCAGUUAAUUUAGUGGUUGUGGUUUCUGUGAUAAUAAGUGGGUUAUUCAAAGUUGAUGCAUCUAACUGGAACAUUCCAAAAGAAAGUGUACCAGAUGGUUAUGGAAAUGGAGGUUUCGCUCCAUAUGGGAUAAGUGGUAUACUGAAGGGAGCAGCAACUUGUUUUUAUGGGUUUAUAGGAUUUGAUUGUAUUGCCACAGCAGGGGAAGAGGCAAAGACGCCCCAAAAGUCGAUACCGAUUUCUGUUGUAGUUUCCCUAUUAAUUAUAUUUGUUGCUUAUUUUGGAAUGUCUACCGUUAUGACAAUGAUGCUACCCUAUUAUCUUCAAGACGAAAAUGCUCCACUUCCUCACAUAUACGAAGUCAUUGGUUGGGAUAUUGCUAAAUAUCUCGUUAGCGUGGGAGCGCUUUGUGGUUUAUUUUCCAGCCUUUUGGGAGCGAUGUUUCCACUUCCCAGAAUAAUUUACGCUAUGUCUUCUGACGGUCUUCUAUUUAAAAAAUUGGGAAAAGUGCAUCCGAGAUUUCAAACACCUUUUCUUGGAACUCUUAUUGCUGGAACAUUUACAGGAAUAUUGGCUUGUAUUUUUGAACUGUCGCAAUUGUUUACAAUGAUGUCCAUUGGAACAUUAUUGGCUUAUGGAAUGGUGGCCGCUUGUGUGCUAAUUUUGAGAUAUGAUAAUGGUGUUUCCGAAGAAAAGAAAGACUAUGAUGGUAUAUUAACUCCAAAAACUGUUCUUUGUCGUUUGUAUAAUAGGAAACAAACAAUUGCCACAUCAUUUACAUCAAAAUUGGUCACCUGGGAGGUUGCUGUUUAUUGUAUUGUAUGUUUUAUUCUUUCUGGAUUUUUAAGCCAAUUCGAAGAUGAAAUAGCAAAGGGUACACCAUGGUUGUUAACUAUUUGUGCAAUUCUUGUCUGUGUUCUUAUUUUGAUUUUAUAUUCUAUCUCAUGUCAACCAGUAUCUACUUCGAAGCUCUAUUUUGCAGUUCCUUUUGUACCAUGGCUUCCAGGUAUAAGUGUUUUAAUCGAUGUUUAUCUGAUGACUAAGUUGGAUUAUAUGACUUGGAUAAGAUUUGCAAUUUGGAUAUUGAUCGGUCUUUUUAUCUACUUCGGAUAUGGAUUAUGGAAUAGCAGUGAACGAUUUCAGAAAUCUAAAAGGGAAUUAAACUCCAAUUCAACGAAUAAAACCUACU